AUGGUGAUGAUGUUUAAAUUAAGUUUACAUCUGAGCGUAAUCGGUUUUCUACUGACUCUUUGUACAGUCAACAGUGCAUAUGAUAUUGCUAUUUAUGGAGCAACACCAGGAGGAAUUGCUGCGGCUAUUACAGCAGCUCGGUUAGCACCAUCGUUUUCAAUCGUUGUCAUUGAACCAACAGUUUACAUCGGUGGCAUGUCUACAGCGGGGGGUAUUGGUUUGCGUGAUCUUGGCACGGAGGCUACGAUUGUUGGAUCUGUUGCACAAGAUUGGGUAAAUAAUAAUUAUAAAUAUUACAAAAACGUGUCACAUCCAAUCUAUCAACCAGAUAUGAAUAUCAGUCGGCAAAGUUUUCUUGAUUUACUCUCCGUGCAUUCUAAUAUUCAACUAAUUACGAACACGGGUCCGGUGAUUGGUAAGAGUGUCGUCAUGAAUGGUACACGUAUCGUUCAAAUAACUACAAACACUAAACAACGUGUUUGGAAUGCAGAUGUAUGGAUUGAUGCUAGCUAUGAAGGUGAUCUCGUUCGGUUCUCUAGUGCAUCAUUCACCUGGGGUAGAGAGUCACAUGUGCAAUAUAAUGAAUCACUGGCUGGUGUUCAACCAUACACAACAUUUGCAAAUUUCAUUCCUAACUAUCCUGUGAACGCCACGUUAGAUAAUGGAACAAUGGCCCCGUAUGUUUCACGAGAAAAACUAGGUCCAGUCGGCUCUGCUGAUUCGAACAUGAUGGGAUAUUCCUAUCGUUUAUGUUUGACACCAACCAAAGCGAAACAGGCACCAUUUGUCAAACCGAACAAUUACGAUCCAAAUAGUUUUAUUAUUCUACAAAGAUAUAUUCAAUCUCUAAUGGCAACAGGACAUUAUCCACAGGGACCACCAUUUGGUAAACUAGUCGACAUAUUAAUCUUUCGAGGUUAUCCUGAUGGUGACAAAUUCGAUAUGUGUGAUAGUUUCGGAAGUGCUUUUACCAGUGACGCGAUUAAUAUAAAUCGAAAUUAUGUGAAUGGAACAACUGAGGAUCGUCUCGACAUCGCACAAAAGGUAUCUGAUUAUGUGCUCGGGAUGCUUUGGUAUAUUCUAACAUCACCACUUGUACCAGAAGCAACACGAAAAUCAUUAGAGAACUAUGGCCUAUGCAAUGAUCAAUGGCCAGAAAAUCAGCACAUUCCGCCACAACUCUACGUUCGUGAAGGUCUUCGUCUAGUCAAUGAGAAUGUCUUCACACAAAAUCAUGUCGUUAGUGGUCUAUGUCGAAAUGACACGGUUGCAUUAGGUAGUUGGGUACAUGAUAUUCAUGUUGUAACACGUACAGCUAACGGUUCCUACGUGAAUAAUGAAGGAGCGAUGUUCAAAGAAAUAGCCCGUGUGAAUGGAUCGCAGAGCGAAGGUGUUUUCGAAAUCCCGUAUUCCAUACUGUUACCAAAGAGAAGUGAAGUAACAAAUUUACUUGUUCCCGUCUGUCAUGCUGCGUCACAUGUGGCUUAUUCAGCGCUGCGUGUUGAACCACAUUUUAUGAUGUUAGGUGGUGCAGCAGGAUAUGCAGCUGCGUAUUCUAUCUUAGAUGGCUACAUCGAUGUACAAUCAGUGAAUAUCAAUCGUUUACAAGAGAGAUUAUUACAAGACGGUGUCCUUUUGCAUUAUCCACGUGGUCAUUGUGAUUGA